AACUUCCUCCUCCAAUUCACCAUUUCCUUCUCUCUCUAGUAAUUCGUAAAAGCACAAACACUCCUACUACUAGCAACUGCAUAUUCAAGCAAUUCAAUCAAAUCAGCUCCACCACUCAAUGUGGUGGCCGCGGCUCAAAUCGACGACGGUUCAGAUUCCGACUACCACUACCUCAUCGUCCCCUUCCUCUGCCUCCUAUUGCUCCUCUUUCAAAGAUAUUCAAACUCUCUUCUUAGACGAAACCCCAUCCCACUCCAUUUUCCACCGCCGCCUCCGCCUCCGCCUCCUCCGUCCCACAUUACCCCUUCCCGCUCCUCCCGAAGCGGAGCGGCGCGUGGUCGUCUACUUCACCAGCCUGCGCGUGGUCCGGUCGACAUUCGAGAACUGCAAGACCGUCCGAUCUAUUCUUCGCGGGUUUCGUGUUAAGAUGGACGAACGAGAUCUGUCCAUGGAUUCCAGAUUCGUGAGGGAGUUGCAGGGGGUUAUGUGCAAGACGGAGAUGAAGCUCCCCAGUGUUUUCAUUGGUGGUACGUAUGUUGGCGGGGCGGAGGAGGUGAUGCGGCUGCACGAGACUGGCGAGCUCAAGAAACUUAUGGAAGGCUUGCCCGCAUCUGAUUCUGCACUCUGUGACGUGUGCGCCUGUCAUAGAUUCGUUCUGUGCGACCACUGUGACGGUAGCCACAAGAUGUAUUCACUGAAGGGUGGCUUCAAGACCUGUACGGCCUGCAACGAAAGCGGUCUCACCAGGUGCCCCUCUUGUUGAGCUGUUCUUCUGACCACUCACACUAAGCCCCAUACAAAAAAAAAAAAAAAAAAAAAACCUUUGAAGGUUUUUUUUUUUAUAUGAUGAUUAUGUUAGAUUUGAGUAUUGUCAUAUUUAAUAUGAGGUAGUUCACUAACAUUAUACAUAUUCGAAUUUUAGACCUUGUGUCGGUUCUACUAAGACCAACGCGUAUUGGUACUUAAAGCAAUUUAACAAUAUGUUUUGGUCUUUUGGGAAUGUUUUGUUGGGCAAUUGAGCUUAUGUAUAGGCCCAAGAUUUGACGUCUGGAUUAGUGUCAUUGUUUAUUCGUUUUUUUUUUUUUGACCUGAAGUGUGAUUGUUUAUUCGAAUAUUAAGCUAAUAUGCUUUUUUAUGUUUUUU